CUAAUGUUCAACAACUUUCAUUCCCAGUGUCGAAACGACCCAACAACAUCCUCGAUUACCCAACGUACUACCAACAAAUUUCGAGUAGUACGCAACAGCCAGCAUGUCCGAGCGAAAAGUCCUUACGAAGUAUUACCCACCCGACUUCGAUCCUUCGAAGAUUACUCGGCAACGGGGCCCCAAGGUUACAGGUCCCAAACUACAGACUGUGCGCCUUAUGGCUCCCUUCUCCAUGAAAUGCACCCAUUGUGGCGAGUUCAUUUACAAGGGGAGAAAAUUCAAUGCUCGAAAAGAAACCACGGACGAAAAGUACUACAACAUUUCCAUCUUCCGUUUCUACAUACGGUGCACCCGCUGCAGUGGCGAGAUCACUUUCAAAACAGACCCGAAAAAUAUGGACUACGAAAGUGAAAAGGGUGCCAAGAGGAAUUUCGAGCCAUGGAGAGAAGCAAAAUUAGCGGAGGAAACAGAGGAGGAACGGCUUGACAGACUGGAAAAGGAGGAGGCAGAGCGAGAUGCCAUGCAGGAACUGGAGACCAAAGUCUUGGAUGCAAAGACGGAGAUGGCUAUUGCAGACGCCCUGGACGAGAUCCGCUCCCGUAAUGCACGUCUUGAAAGGGCCGAUAAGGACGGUGUUGUUGCAGAUGUGCCUGAUGUUGAAGAUGAGAAACGCAAAAGAGAAGAUGCGGAAGAUGCAGAGGCUGCCAGGAAGGCUUUUGAAAGCCGGGUCAUGGCAGAUUUGGGAGAGGUGGCAAUUGAUGAGGAAGAUAUGAUGGUUGAUUCCGGCCCCGAAGGUCCCGCUCCACCAGUGCCAACUUUUGUCAAGAAACAAACAAAGCCAAAGAAAGACGCGGCAGCUGCACUUGGCAUUAAAAAGAAGCUGGUAUCCGACCACACCUGUCCACCACCUGAGAAGGCUUCUUUAAAGGCCCCUACUGCCCCUCCUAAGCCCGCGCUUCUUCUCGGUGGAUAUGAUUCAGACAGCGAUUGAGCAAAUAGGUAAGACACAUCUUGUCUUAAGUGAGAAGCAACUUGAUUAUUUGAUUACUCUUUCAUUGUCCCAGAAAGCCCCGUAGUAUGUAGCUAAC